CGAUUGGUUACGGGGAGGGGUGGGGGGAGAGUCAGGGAGGCUCUGUCCCCGCCUUCUGUGUUUGGGGUUAAAGGUUAGUGAUGGAGUAACCUAGCAACAGAGACACGCUGGAAAGAGACUGGACGGGAGGCGGCGGCGGCGGCGGCUUUGAUGUAAAUUUUGUGAAAGAAGAGCAUGCAGCUGAAGCACCGGGGGGAUCUAGUUGUUGUUUGAUUGAGAUGUCCUCUGUGGCUCGACCCAUAUAGAAGAUUUUUGCUCCCUUUCACCUUAGAACACUCAACGUGUAAGCAUUUGGCUGAGAACAUGGCAACGGAGGUGGCUACCAUGCUUCAGUUGCCAUAUGAGUCUACAGAUUCAAGCAGCAAGUCCUCAGUGGGACACAAUCAGACUCCAAAAAAGUCAGCCAUCAAAACAAGCCCACUAAAGCUCUUGGAUCCAGGUCGUUCAAAACUUACCACUGCUGAGACCAAGAGGAUCAUAUCUGUUUUGGAUGAGGCCAUCUUUAAGAUAGAAUUGAUCAGUCUGAUCUCUCACAUUACUGAAUUUCUGGAUGGCUUAAGCACUAUACUGGGAUCUGAGCUUCUGGGUUCCCUUAAGGAGCAUGAGCGGCUUUCAAACAACAUGGUAGCUCUACUUACCCAGCUUCAAAGAGAAGGGCUCCUGAAGCAGGAAGAUGGAAGAGGGGACCUUGUAGGAACUGAGGAACAAAUCCGCCAUCUUCAAUUGCACCAGCAAGCUGUAAAAAGCUCUAUCAGAAAUAUUCUGAGACUCUUUCAGGCUGACCCUCUAGCUUCUCAAGCCAUGAGAGAUGAGGCCUAUGCUAGGGAUUUAUCAUCUGAAUUAUUUAUCAAAGGCCUUUCAGAGUUCCGGGGCUUCUUGUUUGAGAAACUCCUGACUAGUCCCUUAGAAGAACAAGAAAAGAUUCAAUUCAUGGAAGAAAUCUCCCUCCGGGAUAAGAAAAACACUGAAACCAUCGCAGCUUUAGAGGCAGAACUUGCAACGGCAAUCCAGAGUCGAGACGAUGAGAUUAUGAAAAAGAAUGCUGCAAUCAGGGAUCUCAAAAGCCACUUACUUCAUCUGGAGAAGUUCUCUGAAAGCCACAUCCAGCGCACCAAGCAGGAAGCAGAGAAACUCCAAAAAGGGGAGCUGCGAAUUUCCCAGGCAAAGUGUGCCAAGAUACAGCAGGAUAUACAGCAGCUAAGAGCACAGCUCAAUGUUCUCAUCAUAGACAAUCGAGACUCAGAGCUGGCUCUCAGAAAGGUACCGAGGGAGGGGAGUUCUAGAGAAGCAAGCAGACCUGUUAAAGUGCUAAGAAGUACAAAGUGGAGAUGGAAAUCGAGAACUGGAUCCAGAAAUAUGAUGCUGACAUGGGAGAAAAACAGACUGAGUAUGAGGAAGUCGAUGCUGUCUAUACUGAAGAGAAGGCCCAGCUGGCUCAGCUGAAGGAGAAGUACGCCGUGCUUGAACAAGAGUAUUCCCAGAUCAAGGAGGAGAGGAGGCAAUCCCAAGAGAAGAAGGAAAGAGCUGAGAGGGAACUGGCUAUCAUGGUCCGUGCUGCCACCCACAUUCAGGCCUUCUGGAAGGGCUACUUGGUUAGGUCACUGUUAAAGUCAAAGAGAAAGAAGAAGGGCAAAGGCAAGAAGGGCAAGAAAUAAAUUAGUUCCAACCUUUCCCCUUGCUCUCUCUUCCCAACAUUGCAGAUAUUUCCCCUUGGACCUCAGCUAUCUAGGAUGUCUUCACUUCAACCAACCAAAUAACCGCUCCAGGAGGUCUAUGGUUUUUAUAUACACAAAUUUGGCAUGUAAAAGUGAUUCUAUCAUAAAUAAAUGUCAGCCAACAUGUCAGA